AGGCGGAGAGGCUGUGGGAGAACCUGGUGGGGUGAUAACCAGACGUGCCCCAGAUCCGAAACCUCGAAGCCCUCAGCAGCCUUUGCAAGCCAGGAUUUCCUCUACGAAGGAAGGAAGGAAGGAAGGAAGGAAGGGAGUGGAAGGACCGCCAGGGAUCCGUCCUGCAGCCCCAGAAAUGGUCCCAUGAAGGAAGAGGCCCCUGGAGAUCCCCAAAGUCCCUGCAGCCCUUUGAAGCUGCUCUGCUGGAGAGAGGAAGGAUGGAGACACCCACUUUGGCCAAGGAGGGGAACGGAAAAGGCGCCGCAGCUCUUCAGCCUGGGAACUGUGGGGAGAGCUGGACCAGAAACGGGCAGAAGGUCCUGCAGGAGGGAACCAUCCUUCCUUCAGAACUUCCACCCUGGACCUUCAUCCGAUACCAGGAGGCUGAGGGUCCCCAAGGACUUUGCAGCCGACUCCAUGACUUGUGCAGGCAAUGGCUGAGCCCAGGAAAGCACCGCAAAGCCCAGAUGCUAGACCUGGUGGUUCUGGAGCAUCUCCUGGCUCUCCUGCCCCCAGAGAUGGAGGGCUGGGUGAGGGAGUGUGGAGCAGAGAGCAGCUCCCAGGCAGUGGCCCUAGUGGAAGGCUUUCUCCUGAGCCAGGCGGAGGAGCAGAAGGAGCAGCUCCAGCGGCAGUGCUGCACUGUGGAGAUCAGAGAUCCUGAGGGAAAGAAGAACCCAUCAAAUCUCCCUCGGGAGUAA